UCCACAGCUCCCAUUGGCCACAGUUCCCCGUUCCCAGCCAAUGGGAGCUACGGGGGGUGGUGCUUGCAGGCAGGAGCAGCGUAUGGAGAUCCUUGCUCCCGGCUUCCUCUGGUGCCACAGGGGUGUGCUGGCUGCUUUCAGGAGCAGUACGGGGCUGGGACAGGCAGGAAGCAAACCUGCCUUAGCAGCAGCCCCGCUGCACCAGAGACUUUUAACAGCGGAGAUCGCAAUCAACUGGGAGAGUCUCCAGGAUGAACCAGUCGAUUGUGAUUGAUCGGUUGGUGACCACUGCUUUAGUCAAACCCAAGUGAUUAGGCUCAAUGCAGGGGUGGACUGGCUGAAAUUCUAUGGCCUGUGUUAUACAGGAGGUCAGACUAGAUGAUCUAUCCGUCCUUUUUGGCCUUAAACUCUCUGUAUCUGUGAGUCACCAAAUAGUUGUCAGAUCUUGGAAUAAAAAAUUGCUGUAAAGCCCAAUGGUCCUGUUAUCAGAUGCUUUUCCAGUUUGUCUGGUGGUGACAAGAGUCAGAUCAAAGAGACAGGGGACCUUAACACUGGAUUGAUCACUCGCCUAGACCGCUUUUCAAAGCCAACCACUCUAAAGAAUCACUCUGUACCUCCCAUCAGGACUCAGUGCUCUGUUUACAUAUCGCUCUCUGAUAAGCAGAUAAAUGAACUAAAAGCAACAUUGUUCGGAAAAGGAAAAGAGACAAGAAUAAUCUCAUUCUGCUGAGUCAAACAAAGGCUUUCUGUUUGUUGCUGUAAGCUACGGAAGCUGGGUUGUUCACACGGGCCUGUGCCCCAGCACCUUCCACAGUAGCCGUUGCAAAGGAUUCUGGGAAGGGAUUACUUAAAGACAACGCUAUAUAAAAACAGUGGCAUGAAACAUGCUCAGAGGCAGAUGAAUUGGAACUGCUGGGUACUUGUGAAAAAUCUAGCCAUAAAAUAACAACAAGCAAUAGUUUCAUUUGUUUAGGAAAGUGCUCCGAUAUGAGCAGAAACUUCAUUACAAUGGGGCAAAGCAUCCCAUUUACAUCUAGCCAUAUCUGUCCUUUCAAUCUGUCACUGUGUUUUUAGUGAAUCUCAGUAGGUUCUAGUAGUGGGUAGUGCUGUAUAUUUUUGAAAGAUACUGUAUACACUGAAAUUUUUUCAAACACUUCAACCAUUCAAAUUGUCUCUGCGGCUAAUUGCCAAAAAUCUCUUUUUGGAGCUGAAGUAUAUUUACUUGGGUUAUGUAGGAGACUUGUUCCUAUGCCAAACUAAGGUGCAAUUGAUGCACUGGCAUAUUAGUCUGUGUCUACUGAAUAAUUUUAGCAGCCAUAUUCUGACAAAAAGCAGCUAAGUGAUAAAUGGGGAAGUGUAAAGUAGUGGUUCUCAACCAGGGGUCCAGGGCCCCGCGAGCAGGUUUCAGGGGGUCUGCCAAGCAGGGCCUGCAUUAGGCUGGCUGGAGCCUAGGGCAGAAAGGCAAAGCCUCACUGCAUGGGGCUGAAGCCCGGGGCUCUCAGCCCCACCACUUGGGGCUGAAGCUGAAGUCUAAGAAAUGUAGCUUCGCGGGGGGAGGGGGCUCUGUAGCAUGGGGCCUCAGACAGUUGCCCUGUUUGCUAUCCCCUAAUGCCAGCCCUGGCUUUUAUAUGCAGAAAACAGUUGUUGUGACACAGGUGGAGUUUUUAUAGCACGUUGGGAGAUGUGGGGGCUCAAAAAGAAAAAGGUUGUGAACUGCUGGUAUAAAGAAUUCAGCACAAAGCUUUCUCUAACUGUGCAUUCCCAGCCAGGUGGAAACAGUUGGCUUUAAUUUCAGAACCAAAUAAAUCAUGGGGUACUAUAUUUUGGGGAUUUGGUUUUACAUUUCCAGGUUUUAUGGGUGUUUGACAUGUACAUGGAGUGAUGCAAUUUGGAACUGCCUGUAUCUUAUAUUCGACACUCCAAUUGGUCAGUUUUAAAAAUGGACAUGAUUAGUGAUUGGAGAGAAAAAUGUGACGUGGUUGAAUGAAACUCAGAUAGAGAGAAUUUAAAGCUGAUCAUGUCAAGAAUUAGAAAUUGCAGUUCUUGUUCUUAAAUUUCAUCCACUGGUUCUGAUUAUGGGUUUUCAACUGCAAUAGAGUUCAGUUCUGACCACCAGAAAGUUAAAAAAAGGAAUAUUUAGGUAAGCAGUUCUCAAACUUCAUUGCACCGUGACCUCCCCUUCUGACAACAAAAAUUACUACAUGACUCCAGGAGGGGGGACCAAAGCCCGGGCCCACCUCAGGUUGCGGGGGUGGGGAGGAGGUGCAAAGCUGAAGCCCAAGGGCUUCUGCCCUGGGCAGGAGGCAUGUAACCUUAGCCCCCCUUUCCAGGGCUGACACUCUAGGGCUUUGGCCCUGGGUGUUGGGGCUCGUGCUUUGACUUUGGCCUUGGCCCCAGCAGUCUAACACCAGCCUUGGCGACCCAAUUAAACUGGAGUCGAGACCCACUUUGAGGUCCCAACCCACAAUCUGAGAACCCCUGAUUUAGGUUGAAUAAUUAGUAUGAUGAUAGUGCCUACAGGCCCAACGAAGGUCAGAGCCUCAUUGACCUAAGUACCAUAAGCACACAAAAUAAGAGAGACUCCUGCCCUUAACAUUCUAAAUAAAUAAAAUAAAUGAGGAGAAAGAAGUAUCCUCAUCCCCAUUUUAAGGAUAGGGUGCUGAGGCACAGGGAGAUUACUCAUACAGGGAGUCUGACAGAAUCAAGGACUGAACCCUCAGUCUCCGGCCAGUGCCUUACCCACAACACCAUCCGUCCUUUCAAGAAGGAUUAGCUGUAAUUGCUGUUAGGGUGGAACCAUUUUUCAAUGACAAGGAUUGACACCGUAAUGCUUGAGAGGUUUAUAAGUAUUUCACAGAAGAAAGACUGGCGUUAGGAGCAAUCCUGCAAUGGCAGAAGGAUGGGCUAGGUCAGGAGUUCUUAACCUUUUUUCUUUCUGAGCCCCCCCAGCAUGCUAUAAAAGGCUCCGUGGCCCACCUGUGCCACAAAAACUGUUUUUCUUCAUAUCCAGUAGAUUAAAAGCCAGGGCUGGCAUUAGAGGGUAGCAAGCAGGGCAACUGCCUGUGCUCCCACACUGCAGGACGGCCUGGAAAGCUGAGUUGCUCAGGCUUGCCUUCAGCCCCAUGUGGCUUGGAUUUCGGUUUUCUGUCCUGAGCUCCAGGGAGCCUAAUGCUGGCCCUGCUCUCUGGUUUAUUUUGGCGGACCCCAUGAAACCUGCUCAUGGCCUCCCGCAGGGGGCCCCGGGCCCCAAGUUGAGAACUGCUGGGCUAGGUGACCUAAAAUGCCUUUUCUGUUUCUACCGCCUGUUAUUCUCUGAACCUUUACCCAGUGUUACACAAUGGCACCUUGUUAUCGAGUCUCUGGUGAGUACUUUGGCAGUAAAGAUGCUUUUCCACUCUGUCAUAUCUGUAUAUGCUGCAGUAUCAUGGAGCUGAUAGAAGCUUGUUUGUGCCAGUUUCUAAUAGGCACUUACAUAAAACAAAUAAUUUAAAAAAAACCCCUAAGGUCUUUGGCUUUUGGAUUGAACUUGAUUUUUCCCUAUGUGCAGCAUGGAUGGUAAGGAUGCAAAAGAGAAAAUUAUUCCAGUGCAGGGGAUCCACAGGCCGCGUUACCAUGAGCUUCCCCUGAACCCCAAGCCCUUCCUGAACUGGCUGACAGGGAAGCUGGUGAUGGUGAAGCUGAAGUGGGGGAUGGAGUACAAGGGCUACCUGGUGUCUGUUGACGGCUACAUGAACAUGCAACUUGCAAACACAGAAGAAUACAUAGAUGGUGCAUUGUCAGGACACGUUGGUGAAGUUUUGAUAAGAUGUAACAAUGCCCUGUACAUCAGAGGAGUAGAAGAAGAAGAAGAAGAUGGAGAAAUGAGAGAAUAAGUUUGUAUAUUUCUGGAAAAUAAAGAUCAGUUUUUCAC